UAAGUUACACAAAAUGGACUGCUUGAAAUUAUUGGAAACUUUGGACGUGCUCGGUUGUGCCGGUAUUUGCAUAAGUACUGAGAAUUCGCAGCUGCUGCAGAAUUCGCUACUCAUUUUGCAGACGGAAAAUCAUUUUCGAAGAUGUUAUUAUUGGGGUAGAAUUAAUGGAUUACAAAAUGAUUACCAUAUCGCGUACGGUUACGAAAAAGAUUGCAUGAACGGUCGAGUAUAUCAUUAUAGCACAGAUGGUAUCAAUUGGCUGUUGUUGCCAAAAGCGACAAAGUGCGGACGAUUCUUAGGUCCUUUGGCUAUUAAUAGAUUCGACGGUGACCCGUCCAUUGUCACGAAUGUUUAUAACGUCAACCCACCGUUUCCGCCAAACGAGGAUCCUAAAACUUAUUACGAUGAUCCUAUGCCGAAAGAAUUAAAGGAGGAAGAUCGUCUCGCGGCUAUCGUGGAAUCGAUCACGGAAGAUGCUAUGAUCAUUCCACGUGGGGCCUGGUUCAAAUGCCCGAACGGCGACGUGAUCGAGAAUCCGAGCUUCGAGGGUCUUUGCGCCUCGGAUGCCUCGCAUUUAAAAUCCUACUUGCACGCUCGUUUACCGAAAGAGAAAUGGAACACCAAUUUACUGUCUCGGCCCGAUUAUAAUUACGCGUUGGAUUUCCUGGAUAGCAUAGACAUGGAUGUUCCUCAAGAAUGUUGGGAUAUGCAAUUUCUUUUGGGCGGUCGCCUGGUCAUUUUGCAUAGUCUAUAUUGGCAUGGAAUGACUUUCUUUCAUAAAUUAAAUUCUCCGCAUUAUGGAUUUUUAUAUGUCGGGCAUGGAAAAAAGAAUCUAGAUCUCCCAUUCAUGUACUAA